ACUUUGCAUAUGCCUAGAUUGUUUAUUUUUAAGUGUUUGGUUCCUAAUUAAUUAGACAAAAAAAAAAAAAAUGGAAGGAAGAAUUUAAGCCUUUACUAGUAGCAAUAGAUAUAUCGAUCUAACUGUAAGUAUUCUGCCAACAGUUAUAUCGAUUUUCAUUCGAGAAUGAAUAUCCAGCGAAAAAAGCCGUUACUAGUAUUAGGAACAAAUAUCAUCCUCCCUGACGACGUGUUAUUAAGCAACAUAUUUAUUCGAUUAGAAGCCAAACAACUUGCUCAGAUGAGGUCCCUUUCUAAAACUUGGAAUUCUCUAUUGUCUCAUCCCUCGUUUAUCGAUUCUCAUCUCCGACAUUCCAAGGAUACCAACGAUGAAAUUCUUUUGGUUUUCCAAGACUCGUGUUUUUCCAAGGAUGAACCAUUCACAGCACACACCACUCCGGAUCUCCAACUCACCGAUAAAGUGAAAGCCCAUACGGAUAGCUUAGAAGGUUAUGUUGUUGGCGCAGUUAACGGUUUAAUAUGCCUUGCAAGUGAAGAACGUUGUACAAUUUGGAACCCUUCUCUUUCGGCCUCAAUUGAUCUCCCACCAUGGACUAUUGGUUUGGACCAUGACAUUCGGUUCUGUUUAGACUUCCGGUUCGGGUUUGAUUGCAAAACAAACGACUAUAAAGUUGUCAAGCUUACAUUUAAUUAUCGCAAGGAAUGGUUUCCCGUGGAGGUGUUCAGAGUAUCAAAGGGUUCUUGGGAAUCAAUUACCGAAAGGUUUCCAUCCCAUGUUGAAAUGAUUCUUAAUAUGAAGGAGUUUGUUGUAGAUGGACAUGAUGGCCGUCUUCAUUACCUUUGUAGGAUUAAUUCGGCGCAAUGGACAAUAGUGGCCUUUGAUUUGGGUGAUGAAACUUUCAGAGAGAUAGCACUCCCAGAUAGUCUACCAGCUGGGGUCAAGAAGGUAGGAGUUUUGUCCCAAAAGCUUUGUUUAUUGUCGUCCGAUCGCAAUGUUGGUUGUUGCGAGGUGUGGGUGAUGUGUAUCCAGUUGUAUUCACUUCAAAAAAACAGUUUGCGCUUGGACAUAUGGAUCAUCCAUCAAUGUACGAUCUAGAAGCAUCCGCAUUUACAGAAUUUAAGGGCGGGGCACCGAUUUGCCUCACAGCCACUGUUGUUCAAUAUGUUGACAGUCUCGUUUGGGUAACACCCACUAAAUGGGCCUGUAAUGAUGUCUCCAAAUCCUCAUCCCAAAGUGAAAAGAAGCAACACUUUUAGGACGAUUGAUGAUGGAACUAAUAACACUACAAGAGGCAACACCAUAUAUAAUUAGCUAUCUGCGGGUUUUUUUAGAAUGACUCGGAUUAACAAAGAGUAUUGAUCAAUUUCUAAUUCAUUACUUUAGACACUAUCUCAAUUCACAGGAUGUAUUAGAGACGUUUAUUUUGUUGCUUAAUUAUCUGUUAGUAUGCUAUGUCUGAAUUGCACACGUACUGUGAAGUUUUCCGAUCAUUUGGUAUCUGUUCAUGCUAGAUUAUUUCUAAACUAAGUUGGUGAUAUUUAUAUUCUAGCCAGGAUCUCUCUCUUUCACUCUGAGAGAUGCGAUGCAACUUGUUAGUUAUUACAAUCUGAAGGAGACAAACGUACGAUUGAGGGCUUAAAACACUAAUUACCUGGUAUCUUUUGGGGUUUUAAAUAUUGUGUUUAAAUUGAAACUUGUAUUCAGGUAUAUCGGGUUGUCGGGCCCUAUUAAUUAUCUACCCAUAGUGGUUCGUUGUCUUGGGCAUGAAUCAUACACAAAUUUGAUGGGUUUGUUAGAUUUGAGUAGUGAUGAUAUCACAAAAGUUCCAUGAUUUAUGGUGGUAAAUGCUAGUGUAGGAUGGUUAAGUCUAGAAUACUAAACUGGGAAUAUUUAUGAUGAUGUUUAUGUUGUAGUUUUUUAGUGUCAUAGAGGAAUUGUACCUCUUGUUCUUUCUUCAAUUCACUUGCUGUUGAAAAGUUCUAGGUUUAAGCUCUGGAUUAAUUCAACAGUAGCCGGAACUAGUACUUGCUGAUCACCACCAAACUUUGUAAUUGUGAGCGGUUUUGACCUCCCUAGUUUCUAUUUUCAAGGUUCAGAUGGUAAAUUUAUAGUGUGUUUUCUGUAAAGCACAACCUGAUAGUCAUAAUCAUGUCGUCUUUUCAUGUGCUUUCCCUAGGUGAGUUUGGGAUCACUUAGAAAGUAUGUUAAAGUUAGAAGGAAUCCCAAAUGACUGGAACUUAAUCAUUGAUCUAUAUUUAGAGUUUUUCCAAUGGAAAAGUCAGUAUGGAGUAUAAUUAAAAGGCGUUCUUCCGGCAAUACUAGAUGUGUUAAAGAUGUGGUCAUGGUUAUAUAAGAGAUAGUAAGGCCAUAGAAGCUGCAAGUUUGUGGAAAUUUUAUGCGGAUAAGUCUUUUGAUGAGGGUCCCAUUAGCAUAUGCUAAUGAUGAUGACAAUUAAUGGUUAAAGGUUGGGGCAGAAUGAAGGGGGCUAUGGACAAGAAAGUUGUGAUGUUGCUAGCGGUGUAGUUUGGUAUCUUUGAUGGGAAGGGUGGAUGAUUCGGGUUUUUUUAUUUUAUUUUUAUUUUUUAGUGUUAGGAAUGGGUUUCAAGGGAGGGACCAAAAAAGGGAUGUGAUAGUGAGUUUUGUUUGACUCUUCCCUUUUGAGUCUUUAUUUUCACUUCCGAGUGAUGUGUGGCUUGAUUGUAUGGUAUUCCUUGAUUUGGGGUGGAUGGUAUGGUUAUGAGUUAUAACGGAUUAAAAAGGUCAAAAGUUUGUUCUGGUUAUUUUUUAGUUCAAUUCACAAUGUAUCAAGUAUUAGUUGUAUGCUGGAGGAUUGCAUAUUAGGUGUCAUUCUAGUUUGAGGAUCAACUAGCUAGUUUCUGCAGGUAGAAUGUGCUGGUAUUCAUGUUGAGCUUUGGGAAGAUGUAGAACAAAGCUUCGCCGGGUUUGAUUGUCUAGUAUGUCAUUGUUAUGCUUUGGGGUUUGAUUGCUGGUUGCAUAGCAUUUGGGUUCUGGUAUAGCAGGAAUUUUUCACAUUAUGUUUCAUUACUUGUAUUAAUGAUCCAUCAUUUUCCUUUGGUAGAACCUACGUUGAAAUGUAUAGUAGUUGAUACUAGUUGUACGUGGAAAUGUAUGAAUAUAUAACCAUUUUAGAUGCUGUAGGUGAUAUUGGUUUGGAGGAUACCAACUUUUUCUUU